UAAUAAGUAGAAGAGGAGGAUGAAGAAGAAGAAUCCGAACAAAAAUAAUAGAAUCUUAUAUUUAGCGGGUGGAAUUUAAAGGAGGCGGAAAACCGUUAUCCGGACUAAUUCUUCUCAAACGCAUUUCACACGUGAUCAUAAAAGGCCAAAGUAAAAUGUUUGCAAUCAACGUGUUGACGAGUCGUUAACGUUAAAUGCUACUCGUUUCCUUUGAUCUAUGUGCUAAGAUCUCUUUGUUAUCUCAUACAAACAGAUGUUUGUUCAUGAUACCUCGAAUUCAUUAAAGAAGGUGAUUUAUUAUCUAUCUUCAAACACCACACCCAUAUGCAUAGCCUACAUUUUCUCAUUGCAGGUCGACCGGAAUCUGGUAAAAGCACAUUAGCUAGACAAAUAAGACUUAUCCAUGAUCGGGAUUUUAUGGAGACAGAAAGACUAGCGUAUAGAAGUGUAUUAAGACAGAAUCUGAUCGAUAUAUUAAAGACAUUGUUACAAACUAUAGACCAACUAAAUAUACAAACAGGAGCUGAGUAUCAUAAUCUUUACGAGGAGUUGUCAGAAAUACCAUCAGGUACUGGUGAAUACUUGGUAGCAAGGCGACAUACUAUCAAACAGUUCCUUGCAUCUGCGGCUUUCCAUCAAUGUAUGGUACGGCGAUGGGAAUAUAAUUUACAGAGUUCAGCUAAGUAUUUGCUAGAUGGGGUAGAUAGAUUAUUAGAUCCCGGGUAUGUACCAUCUACUCAAGACAUACUCAGAGCAAGGAUUGAUAACAGUGGUUUACACGAAACGUCCUUCAAAUUUAAAGGUUUGGAAUUCAGAAUGGUAGAUGUCGGGGGUCAAAGAUCAGAUCCCAGAAAAUGGAUUCACUAUUUCGAUAACGUAUCAGCUCUGAUCUAUACAGUAGAUAUAAGUCGUUAUGAUCAACAACGGGACGAUGAUGGUAUAAUUGGCGAACAGAAUGAACUCUUGGAAUCCCUGGCCCUGUUUAAGAAGGUUGUCAGUCAUCGAGUGUUCAGUAAUACAACAUCAAUCCUCUUCUUAAAUAAAACUGAUCUUUUCAAGCAGAAAAUACAACACGUGCCGUUAAGAUGCUGUUUUCCCGAAUACAAGGGCACAAAUGAGUAUAAAGAAGCCUCGAUAUUUGUUCAAUGGAAGUUUAAGCAAAGCAUUACAGAUAACAAAGAGAUGUACAGCCAUUUUACUACGGCUACAGAUACCAGCAACAUACAGACAGUGUUUGAUAGUGUUAUAGCUAUUAUACUUAAGUGUAGCCAAAACAGUGCAAUCCUUUAUUAAAGAAGCAGUAUAUACAAUUGGGUUAUGCAUCGAUGUGUGGUGUGCGCAAGACCAAUACCCUCAAUAACUAUAAAUAGAAGCUUAGCUAAGCAUUCUAUAUUGUCUACGAUAUCACCUUAGGUGGAAGUGGACGUAAAACUCCAGAAACAAACGAACGAACGAAGCAUUCUAUGAACCACGCAAAGGCAGUUCCAGUCUUCGUCAGAGGCGUGUAGGUUUACAAUAGAUAUCUAGCACAUUUUUCAUGUAAAGUGAACACUACUGUGUGAACCAUCGUAAAUUUUAAACGGAUUUCUUCGAUUAUGAACAAACUACUUAACUUUGGUUAUUAUAAACUUACCUGUGUGUUUGUAAUGAACUCCCGUUCGAUAAAAUCCAUUGCACAACUAAUUAUCACAACGAUGAGAACAAUUUCUCUCUUGAAAAAUUUGAAAAUUUACUUGUAAUUUCGACAGAGUCGAUGUCAACAAUGUCUUCGUGACGUAUUGGUCGAAUCCAAUAUACCUGUUGCGGGGGUUGGUUAACAUUGAAAGAUAGUUUGACAGCGCGAUCAUUUUGAUCGUAUAUGGGUUUGGGCGACGAAAAAUAUCAAUUGAAGGCAAUUACAUAGGAGAUUUAUAUGGAAACCAUUGAUCGCCAGUCUAUCAAAUUUUCUUCACAAUUAAAAUAUCACUGAUUGCACGGAUACUCGUAAAAAUAAAGUCAUGAAUAAACUAUAAAUAUCCUAUCUUCUUUAUGUUAUAAAUAAUUUAACAAGGAUCAUGAAGCUUACCUCCGAAUUCUCUGAGUGUAUUUUUAAUUUUAUACGCAUUCUUUCGAUCGAAUAAUAACCGCUUCAGUAACAUCUUUAAGCGUGUUGCGGCAGCCCUCAGCGUGUCUAUUGCCGUAUUGGGUGCCCGGGUGGGUAUAUAAUGCUACUAAGCCCGUAUGACCCCGUAAGAAGCGGAACAUUAAUUCUCGAUUCGACAGUUUUGACCGAAGUGUGAUAAAGCCCGUAAAACGAAUGUAUAGUUGUGUUUGUGCGGCAUGCGUGUUCAAAAGUAAAUAAUCCCAUCCGAGUCGCUAAUCAAAUAAUUAAAACAAAAUAUUUCAAAAAGUAAAGCUAUAAAAUUUGCAGAGAUUUUACUAGAAUGUAAAAGACGGUAACUAAAUACAGGAAUGCGGGUAGUUAUGUGUGCGAACGCUCAAACUCAAUGCCAAUUGUCGUAGGUAUCCAGACCACUCGGACCAAAGACUACUCGGACUAAGACCAGUCGGACCAAAACAAGACCAGUCGGACCAAUUAAAUUAUAUUAUAAGGCUAGACAAUAUGCUAUUUAUUUAUUAUUAAAUCACAAUACAAAGAAGCAAAUAAUUCUUAUACGGAAUUCUUAUAUUUAGAGUUGUUUGGUUCAAUUUUGUGUACGGAAAAUAAAUCAACGAUUAGUUUUAAAAUUAAUUAAUAAUGGUGCCAAAAAAAAAUAUCAAUCUAAUUUUUUUUUACUCUUGCAAUGAGACUCGGUAUGUCCAGACUUUUGACAGUUUCUACAUAUACGGGUAUACUGUUCUUGUCUGAUAGCCUAAUUUUACUUUUUCCACAUUCGCGGUAUCCCCAGUGGUUUCAUUCCGUUCUACCCCACUAACCCCUGGGUUACUAUAUAUGGGGGGGGGGGGUGGAGACACGUUUUCAAGUUAUCCGCCCUUGAUGCGUUAAUAUAAACAGCACAUAAUAAUACGAAGACCGGACGUUUAUAUGCCCCUUUUUAAACGUGACUACAAGUGUGGUUCUCGAUAUUUUGCGAUUUGGAAUACAAUUAUCAAUUUAUUCAAACAACACGUUAUUAUUAGUUCGAGUAGUCAUAUUAAAACACACACAAUUAUCAAUUUAUUCAAAUAACACUUUAUUAUUGGUUCGAGUAGUCAUAUUAAAAUAAACACAAUUAUCAAUUUAUUAAAAUAACACUUUAUUAUUGGUUCGCGUAAUUAUAUUAAAACAAACGCAAUUAUCAAUUUAUUAAAACAACAUUUUAUUAUUGGUCCGAGUCGUCUUUCUGUUGGGUCCGAAUAGUCUUUUUGUAUGGUCCGAGUAGUCUAUUUGUUUGGGCUGAGUGGUCUAUCAGUUGGUCCGACUGGUCUUGAACCGAGUGGUCUUUGGUCCGAGUGGUCAUGGAUUCUUGUCGUAAUUGUACUUGAAUUUCCUAUGUUGUCACCCCUAAUACGAAACCAUCUUCCAUAUUGGUAUUUUUCUCUGGGAAAAGUUUGUGAUAUUUCAAUUUUUCAAGAGAGAACUUGUUUUCAUCGUUGUGAUAAUUAGUUGUGCAAUG